UUCUCGAAUUAUGGACAAAUUUCUGAAAAGAAAAUCAACUAUUGUACAAGAUUCAUCUCAAUCCCAAGAAACUUGUGGUGAUAGUCACAUUCAAGAUUCUUCGAAGCGAAUUCGUGUUGACUUGAACAACCUUCCUUCUGAUCCAGGAUCACGAUCAAAAAUUUUGUCAUAUCAUCCUAAUGAUAGGGAUGAAAUAAGAAGAACAUAUUUACAAAAAGGACCCUGUCAACCUCUUAGUCACAAUUUCCCUCAAAGAGAUAUUAGUGGAGUUAUGCGUCGAUUUAAUUCUGCUUGGUUUAAAGAAUACAAGAAUUGGUUGGAAUAUAGUAUUGAAAAAGAUGCAGCAUUUUGUUUAUGUUGUUACUUGUUUAGGCCCGAUUUAGGAAAGGGAUGUGAUACUUUUGUGACAGAGGGAUUUAAAAUUUGGAAUAUGAAAAACAAGUUACAAAUUCAUGUUGGAGGUGUUAAUAGUGCUCACAACCAAGCUGUGAAGAAGUGUGAAGAUCUUAUGAAGCAAAAGCAACACAUUCAAAGUGUUUUUCUUAAGCAGUCAAAUCAAGAAAAAAUUGAAUAUCGGACUCGCUUAAAUGCAACUGUUGAUUACAUACGAUUCCUUUUGCGUCGAGGGUUGGCUUUUUGUGGUCAUGAUGAAUCUGAUGAUUCAAGUGAUAAAGGAAAUUUCCUUGAACUUCUACAAUUUUUGGCAGAUCAUAAUGAAUCUAUCAAUAAAGUUGUAUUGAGGAAUACUCUGAAAAAUAAUAAGCUAACUCACCAUGAUAUUCAGAAAGACAUUGUGAAUGCUGCUGCAUGUGAGACUAUCAAUGCUAUCAUAAAGGAUUUGGACAAUGAGUUUUUUUCAAUUUUAGUUGAUGAGUCUCGUGACAUAUCAAUUAAAGAACAAAUGGCAGUUGUUCUACGUUAUGUGGCCAAAAAGGGCAUUGUUAUAGAGCGGUUUCUUGGUAUUGUACAUGUAUCAAAUACAACCGCUUUAUCACUUAAAGCAGCAAUUGAGUCCUUAUUUUGUCGACAUGGAUUGAGUAUAUCAAAACUACGAGGGCAAGGCUAUGUUGGAGCCAGCAAUAUGCAAGGUGAAUUCAAUGGUCUUAAAGCUUUAAUUUUGAGGGAGAAUAAAUUUGCAUUUUAUGUUCAUUGCUUUGCCCAUCAACUUCAAUUGACUCGUGUAACUGUUGCUAAAAAGCACAUUGACGUUGCUGAACUAUUUUGCUCUGUUGCUAACAUAGUGAAUGUUGUUGGUGGCUCUUGCAAGAGACGAGAUGCUCUUAGAGAUGCGCAAUUUGCUAAAAUAACAGAAGCACUAGACAAUGGUGAACUUAGAAGUGGGCGAGGUUUGAUUCAAGAGACUAGUCUUAAACGUGCUGGUGAUAUACGUUGGGGAUCACAUUUUGGGACAAUUAUCAACUUGAUUUUGAUGUUCUCUUCUUCGAUUGAUGUAGUUGAGAUUAUUGAAGACGAUGGCUUACAAACCGAGCAAAGAGUUGAAGCUCGUUCUAUCAUGAAGUUAAUGUUAUCUUUUGAAUUUGCCUUCACUUCACAAUUGAUGAAAAAUAUUUUAGGGAUUACAAAUGAGUUGUCGUUAGCAUUGCAAAAGAAAAAUCAAGAUAUUGUCAAUGCUAUGACACUUGUUAAAGUAUCUAAGCAACGAUUGCAGAUGAUGAGAGAUGAUGAAUGGGAAUCUUUAUUGACUGAAGUGUCUUCAUUUUGUAACAAACAUGAGAUUUCUAUUCCAAAUAUGGAUGAAAUAUUUGUAGUUAGUGGGCGGCCACGACGCAAAGCUCUACAAAUUGCAAAUAUACAUCAUUAUCAAGUUGAGCUAUUCUACACAGUCUUAGAUAUGCAACUUCAAGAGCUUAACAAUCGCUUUUCAGAAGCAAAUACUGAGUUACUUCUUUGUAUGGCUUGCUUGGAUCCUAGUAAAUCAUUCUUUGCUUUUGAUAAGCAUAAGUUGAUUCGUCUUGCAGAGUUCUAUCCAUAUGAUUUUUCUGCAACAGAUUUAAGGGUCCUUGACAUCCAACUUCAAAACUACAUUGUUGACAUGCGCUUAAGUGAAGACUUUUUAGAACUUAAAGGAGUUGGUGAUCUUGCUAUAAAGUUGGUGGAGACAGAUAAACAUGUGAUAUAUCCAUUAGUCUAUUUGCUUGUGAAAUUAGCAUUGACUCUACCUGUCGCGACAGCAACAGUGGAAAGAAGUUUUUCAGCAAUGAAGUAUAUAAAGAGUAAUUUGCGUAACCAAAUGGGAGAUCAGUGGAUGAAUGAUUGUUUGGUUACAUACAUUGAAAGAGAUGUAUUUGAUAGCAUUGAUAAUGAGGAGAUUAUGCAACGUUUUCAAAAUAUGAAAUCUCGUCGAGGGCAAUUGUAAUAUUUUAUCUAAUUGCAAGUUGUUUUGAUGGCAAUUGUAAUAUUUUAUCUAAUUGCAAGUUUUUUUUUUUCGUCAAAACUUUAAUAUUAAUAUAUUAGAGUUCUCUUUUAUAUUUGUUUUUUUAAUACAGUUGUUAGAUUUUAAGUUACUUAAUGAAUACCCUGAUUAAAAUUCCUG